UACAGCUCAGCCGGAGCAUCAGCAGAAAUCUACACUGACUGGUGAAAGCAUUCUGAAUAGGCUACAUUUCAGUCACGAUGUACUAUUGGUGAACUCGCUUCAGUAGGUUACAACGAGGCGAACUUCCAUGUGUAGGUUUACCGGAGUGUGCGCUAAGGAGGGCUUUCCAAAGAGAGCAAAAGAUUUCAAUACGAACGGAUUUCUGCUUUUUUAAGACUUAAGUUUUUGUUUGACUGUCAUCCAAGAGUGAUGUUUUAUGUUCCAGUCCAGCUGUGGCACUCUGAAGGAACUUAACUUUACUUUACAAGGAGAACCGUAGACCUCUUUUCAUGCAGCUUAAAAGGAGGAUACUUUCGAUUGAGAAUUUCCCCGAUCUUCGUAAAAUGACAUUAUCCAGCGGUGAGAAAUUAUGCCGCUACUCGACUGAUGUGUGACACGUUGGGAUCUAGUCUAGUUCUCAACUCCUGGUCGCUUGUUGUGAGGACAACCGUGUAUUUAAAAACAAAAAUCACGUCUGGGGAUUUGGAAGAGUGAUUGGGAGAAGUCCCAUCCACAGCACCUUCUGAUUUGAGUCGGGAGAACAACAGCCGUCCAGAUGCAGUUUCGACUUUUCUCCUUUGCCCUAAUCGUGUUGAACUGCAUGGAGUACAGCCACUGUCAGCCGCAGUCGCAUCGCUGGAGACGGAACAAAAGAGCAGCAGCUAGCUAUGGAGUGUACCCCAGCUGCAAAGGCUGUUCGGUGUGUUCGAAGGACAACGGCUGCAUGAACUGCCAGCCCAAGCUCUUCCUCUUCCUGCGGCGGGAACGCAUGCGCCAGUACGGGGAGUGCCUUCACGCCUGUCCGUCGGGGUACUAUGGCGUGCGCGCACCGGAGAUCAACAUGUGCUCCAGGUGCCGGAUAGAGAACUGUGAGUCGUGCUUCAGCAAAGACUUCUGCACAAAGUGCAAGCCCAGCUUUUACUUGCACAAGGGCCGCUGCUUCGACAAGUGUCCCGAAGGCUUCGCCCCAUUAGAGGACACCAUGGAGUGUGGAGAGGGUUGUGAGGUGGGCCAGUGGAGUGAGUGGGGCACGUGCACUCGGCGGAACAAGACCUGCGGCUUCAAGUGGGGCCUGGAGACGCGCACGCGGCACAUCGUGAAGAAGCCGCCCAAGGACACGAUACCCUGCCCCACCAUCGCCGAGUCCCGCCGCUGCAAAAUGUCCAUGCGGCACUGCAGGAGAGGUUCAGGGAAGCAUCGAAGCAAAGAACCAAAGAAGAAGGCCCACAAGCAGAGGCUUCGUUUCCGGGCCCAGAACCAGCACAGUGACCACCUGGCCUCACUGCGCGCCAAUCCCUAAGGACUGACACCAGCCUACCACCCCAAAACAACCCCGAACACCAAACCCCACCCCAUUACCAACCACACACACUCAAAAUACAAUUCAAAGCUGCUAUCU